AGAGAAAGAGGAGGGCAGUUUUGGAAUGACAGAAGACAAGCACAAAGGCUGUGGAAGGAAGUUCAGAGGCAUAUUUAUAAAUACCAUCCCCAUUCCUAUUCCCUUCUGCUGGAAUUGGAAUUGGAUCGCCCACCACUCUCUCCAGCUCCAAAGUCACCGGACUACUGCCUGCUUCUAAAUAGCUUAUAAUCUUAUCUGAAGAUAGAGAUAUCAUCAUGGGAGAGGUGGCAGUAAUGCAUUCUGAGCCUCUGCAGUUUGAUUGCAAUGACAUGAAGCAUAUCACUGAGAAAGAUGUAUAUAAUCUAUUGUCAAACGAAGAGCACAUACUUGGAGAAGAAUCAAGUCAAUCAUCAAAUGACAAAAAGAUCAAUGAUUUGAGAGAGAGAGGAUACAUGAAGUAUGGAUGUCAACAUUACCGAAGAAGAUGCCGUAUUAGGGCCCCCUGUUGUGAUGAGAUUUUUGAUUGCCGCCAUUGUCACAAUGAGGCAAAAAAUAAUAUCAACAUUGACCAGAAGCAUAGACACGAUAUUCCCCGCCAUCAAGUUAAACAGGUGAUAUGUUCUCUUUGUGAGACAGAACAAGAGGUUCAGCAAAAUUGUAUUAACUGUGGCGUUUGUAUGGGCAAGUACUUCUGUGGGACGUGUAAGCUCUUUGAUGAUGAUGUAUCUAAGCAGCAGUAUCAUUGCAGUGGCUGUGGAAUUUGCAGAACUGGAGGAUGUGAAAAUUUCUUCCACUGCCACAAAUGUGGUUGUUGCUACUCAACUCAGCUGAAAAACAGCCACCCUUGCGUGGAAGGAGCAAUGCAUCAUGAUUGCCCCAUUUGCUUUGAGUAUUUGUUUGAAUCUGUGAAUGAUGUCACUGUUCUGCUCUGUGGACAUACAAUACAUAAGAGCUGCCUAAAGGAAAUGAGGGAACAUUUCCAGUAUGCAUGCCCUCUCUGCUUGAAGUCGGUUUGUGAUAUGUCAAAGGUUUGGGAGAAAUUUGACUUGGAGAUUGCUGCUACACCAAUGCCUGAACCGUAUCAAAACAAAAUGGUUUGGAUCCUUUGCAAUGAUUGUGGCAAAAGUUCUCACGUGCAGUUCCAUCUUGUUGCUCAAAAGUGCUUGAACUGCAAGUCCUACAACACACGGGAAACAAGAGGCUGAGCAAGUGGUAAUGGUUAUUUAUAGGACCACUUUUGCUCUCACUUCAUUGCUGUGUAGGUGUAGUGGCAAUCCAAGUGCAUCCUUUAUUGAGGAAAAUGCAUGUGGGAAUUGUCAUUCAAUUGCAGGCAGGCCGAACCACAUCCAAGAGAAAAACGGUUUAUCACGUUGAUGUGGUGUCGAGGGUAGUGUAGAGUCAGCAAUUGUCGUGUUGGUUAUUUCGUGUUGGGGAAACCCUUUUAGUGUUCCAGUGUUCACUCCUGUAAUGUUUGUUUGGGAUUAAUGCCAACUUUCAAAUUAGCUGUUACUUUAUAUAUUUGUAGAAUCGUAACACUGUCUUAAAAGUUGUGUUAAGAUGUAA